AUGGCAGGAAAAGGUUCAAGUUUCAUGAUUGAGCCUUUUAAUGGCAGUAAUGACUUUACCCUGUGGCAGCAAAGGGUGAAAAAUAUUUUAACACGAGAAGGUCUGGUGAAAGCUCUUCUCACAAAGUCCAACAAACCGGAAGACAUGAAGGAUGACAAGUGGGAGGAGUUGAGGGAAUUGGCAAACAGUACAAUUCAGUUGUAUCUCGGGAACAAUACACUCUGGGAAGUCAUCAGUGAAGUAGAUCCGGCAGAGCUAUGGGCAAAGUUAGAGAUGAGGUACAAGUCAAAGUCUUUGACAAACCGGUUAUCUCUGAAGAGGCAGCUAUAUACACUUAGAAUGCCAGAAGGUGCGAACCUCACAGAACAUCUGGACGAGUUCAAUAGGAUCACAAUGGAAUUGGACACCAUUGGAGACAAGACCCAGGAGGAAGAUAGGGCUAUGAUCUUGCUGGUCUCUCUACCUGCAUCAUAUGAGCAUCUCAGGACAACUCUAUUGUACGGGAAGGAUGCUCUUGGACUGGAUGAGGUGAUUGCUACGCUCAUUUCUCAUGAGUCGAUGAAGAAACAGGAAGGUAGCAGUAGCAAACACCCAGAAGAAAAUGCCAUGGUUGCCUCAGAAAAUGAGCAAGGCAGAGGUAGGUCCAAUAAUAGACGGGGUAGACCCAAAUCAAGAGGACGUUCGCAAUUAAGGUCAGGCUUCAAGAGAAAGUGUUAUUACUGUGAUCAGGAGGAUCACCUCAUAAAAGACUGUGCAAAGCUCAAGGAGGACAAGGCACAAAAGGAACAGGCGAGCUCAUCAAAUGUCGCUGCUGCAGUAAAUGCUAAGGAUGAGUAUGCAUUUACAGUUUCAUCGAGUAUGACGAAACCUGACUGGAUCUUAGAUUCCGGAAGCACAUAUCAUAUAUGCAUGGAUAAGAAACUUUUUUCUACCUACCAAGCCAAGGAUGGAGGUAUUGUUCGAGUGGCUAACAACACUGUGAGUAAGAUUGUUGGCAUGGGAACAGUACGGCUGAGAAUGGAAGAUGGAAAAAUUUUCACGUUGGAUGGAGUCCGACACGUGCCAAGACUGAAGAAGAAUCUAAUUUCCUUAAGUAUGCUAGACAUGAAAGGUUAUAGCUUCACAUCUAGCAAAGGAAAUCUCAAAGUCAUCCAUGGAGAUACGGUGAUGCUACAUGGACGACUGGAGGGGAAUCUGUACAGGCUUGUGGAGAAGGUUGUGACAGACGGAGCUACUGUCACUUACCGGGCAAGACUGUGCCCAAGAUCCACAACAAACAUAUCAGAGGAUUUUGGGGUGUACCCAAAUUUGGAGUACAUUGAUUUGAGCUAUAAUGAGUUCUAUGGGGAGCUUUCUUGGAAUUGGGGGUUCUUUGGAAACUUGACAAAGUUAAGCAUCUCUAACACUCAAGUUUCUGGGAAGAUACCAGCUGAGCUUGCUGAAGCACAUCGAAUUGAAGAGCUUGAUCUCUCUUCCAAUCAUCUAAUUGGGAAUAUUCCAAAGGAAUUGGGGAAUUUGAGUUCAUUGCGUGUACUUGUGUUGGAUGAUAACAAACUUUCAGGCGGUAUUCCAGUAGAAAUUGGGAUGCUAAUGAAUCUGGAAAAACUCGAUUUGAGUGGAACCAAUUUAAGUGGUGUAGUUGUGGCACAACUUGGGAAUUACUUGAAGCUAAGGGAGUUGAAUUUGAGCAACAAUAGAUUUAGGGGAAGUAUUCCCUCAGAGAUUGGGAAUUUGGGUUCUCUUGAAAGUCUUGAUCUUAGCCAUAACUCACUUGUGGGAGAGAUACAGCCACAUAUUGGAGAAAUGCUCCGAUUGGAAAGGUUGGAUCUCUCCUACAACAAGCUCUCUGGUUCGAUCCCAUCCACUUUCAAUCGAUUGCUAAGCUUGAUGUAUGUUGAUUUGUCCUACAAUCAGUUGGAGGGUCCUAUUCCUAAUACUAGAGCGUUUCGCGAGGCUCCAAUGGAGGCAUUUCGCAACAACAAGAACUUGUGUGGAAAUGCUCGGGGUUUGAAUAGUUGCCCCUCUAAGAUAAGGAACAAUGUCAAUGGGAAUAAUAAGAGGAUAGUGUUGAUUCUAAUCAUAGUAAUUCCUUUAUUGGGCUCUCUUUGUACUUUUAUUGUCGUUGUUAAAGUUUUCUUUUUUUGUCGUGGGAGAGUAAGGAGUGAAGAAAACAAGUUUGGGAAAGAACAAGUGAAGAAUUUAUUUACGAUAUGGAGCAAUGAUGGUAAAAUGGCGUAUGAAAACAUAGUCGAAGCGACAGAAGAUUUCGACGCCAAACAUUGCAUUGGAGAGGGAGCGACCGGGCGUGUUUAUAAAGCUGAAUUGAAAACUGGUCAAGUGGUUGCCGUGAAAAAACUUCACUUAUCUCAAGAUAGCGAGGCAACGAACACAAGAGAUUUUACUUCGGAGAUUCACGCACUUACAGAGAUAAGACAUCGAAACAUCGUGAGGCUACAUGGUUAUUGUUUUCACGCACGAAAUUCGUUUUUGGUUUAUGAGUUCUUGGAGCGGGGAAGCUUGGGGGCAUUAUUGAGAAACGAAAUAGAAGCCGCGCAGUUUGAAUGGAUUAAGAGAGUGAAUGUUAUUAAAGGCGUGGCCAACGCGUUGUCCUACAUGCACCAUGACUGUUCACCUCCGUUGAUCCAUCGAGACAUAUCGAGCAAAAACAUUUUGUUAGAUUUGGAAUAUGAGGCUCACAUCUCAGACUUUGGCACGGCUAGGUUGUUGAAGCCUGACUCAUCUAAUUGGACCGCAUUCGCAGGAACCUUUGGAUAUGCUGCUCCAGAACUUGCUUACACAAUGGAAGUGAACGAGAAAUGUGAUGUUUAUAGCUUUGGGGUGGUAACAUUGGAAGUGAUCUUGGGAAGCCAUCCGGGCGCUUUCAUCUCAUUCCUAUCAUCAUCGUCGUCAUCAUCAUCAUCAUUGUCAUUGUCAUUGUCAUCAUCAUUUGCCGAUCACAUAUUGUUGAAGGAUGUAGUGGAUCAACACCUCUCGCCUCCUAUGGAUGAAUUUGCAGGAGAAGUGAUCACAGCUAUGAAGCUUGCAUUUGAAUGCUUGAGCUCCAGUCCACAAUCUCGGCCAACCAUGCAACAUGUUUCAAAGAAGCUAUCAACUAAGAAUCCACCUCUGUCCAAGCCUUUCCUUUCAGUGACACUAGGGCAAUUGUUUAAUCUACAAUACUGAAAUUAUGGCUACUUCAAUUUUUAGGAAUUAUUAAAAUUAUUGUUGAGAGAGUUCUCUAAUUUUUUUUAAUUUUUAUUAUUCUGGUUAUCUUUAAAUUCAAUAGAAUUAUUAAAAAGUUGUUAUAAUUUGUUGCUAUUGAUUCUACUUUCUA